CAAAUAAUAAUUUAUUUUGUAGGAUGAUAAUCCAUUAUACGAUUGUGGAUCAGUGGGUAUUUUCUCUGGUGUUUAUGUCAGUUACCUACAAAACAUUUCCCUGUUAAACUUAAUAUUCUUGCGAUUACCAUGGAUUGUUGGUAUUUUAAGCCUCCGUUUUAUGGGAGUUGUUGUUUCGCUUGUUUUUGGAACGGUUCUUUUAUCGUUCUUUGCGGUAUUCGCAAUUGUAACUAAUGGAAGCGAUCGUUUAUACGGGGGUCCAUUUACUACAAUUGCCUAUAGUUUAGGUAAUCAAGUAGCCAUAAUUGCUUGCGCGAUGUUUUGUUUAGCUAACUGUGCUUUUACGGGACUUAAUUUGACGGCGUGUACGCAUCUCAUUCAACGCUACGUCAUACAACACAAUUCUAUCCAGCCAAAUUUGCCUAAGCUUGCACUUGAAAAUAACCGAGAUGCAAUUGAUGAACUGUGUGACAGAUCGUAUUCUAUGCAUUUUAUCUUAUUUAUUGCUUUUCUUACGUUUAUUACCAUAUUGAAUUGCUUUGAAAAGGGUAUUAUCAAAUGUAAGUUUACAUUCGUUAAGAGAAUAGAAAUAUAACU